CACACACACAAGCGAGGUGACGUCAGACGCACGGCCCCAUUCGUGACGUGUUGUGUGGGCAAGUCCGCCAUUAGUUUGGAGACUUGGUAGAAGUUGCGGAGAGUUGGCGGAGUGCGAGCUUCCAGUUGUCGCCGAGUUCCCCGAGCGGUCCUGAGGCCUCAGGGUGAGUGUCCCCUCCAGCUGGGGGCGGGGUGGUGAUGGGGAGCCAGGCUGUCACUGCCAGCAGGCUCUCUGGGUGUAUCCGGAUGUCUGUUACAAAGUAACAAAGUUUGUUGCAAGUUCCUUCUGAUAUGGUGAAGUAGUGAUGGUCAGUCAGGGGUUGCACAGCUGGUGGGACUACAACUCCCAGCAUGCUUUUACAGCUUAAAGUCUGACAAAGCAUUCUGGGAGUUGUAGUUCUACCCAGAUGUACACAGCCCAUUUUCCUGUAUAAGUAAGGUUAGCAUGGUUUAUUUAUUUUUUGUUUGUUUAUUGUUGACACUGUCACAGUUAUGGUGCCAGGUACUGUCCAGAGGUAAGGUGUAUGUGUUGUGUGUUUGUUUUUCUUUUACAUUUAAAAAAUGUAAUUUUUGUUUUAUUUUUUUAAUUUUUUUAAAAGCAUUUGAGACUUGCUGUUAUGUCUGACAUUGCCAGUUGUUGUCUAUGGGGGAUUAUGCAGUCGUGUGGGAUAUUUUGUAGAGCUCUUGAGGUGUUGUCUUGUUACAUAAGAUACUUGCGUCCAUCAAGUUCAGCCUCUCUCACAUCUGUUUUUGCUAUUGAUCCAAAAGAAGGGGAAAUAAAAACACCAGUUUAAUAUGCUCUCCAAAUUUUUAACAAUCCUAGGGGGGAGGGGGGGGAAAUUCCUCCUUGAUCCCAGAAUGGCAGUCGGUUCUCUCCUUGGAUGAAGGAGCUAUUACCCCACUAAUUAAAAGACCACUAUAGUGCCAGGAAAACACUAGUUUUCCUGGCUCUAUAGGAUCCUUGGGUCCCACUCACCCUCGGGGGCCCCUCUCCUCCUGGGCUCUAGGAUAAGGAAGGGGUUAAUCCCUUACCUUUUUUCCAGCGCCGUGCUCCCUCGGCGUUGGGGACUCCCCUCCCUCUUCCGACGUCAUUGGCUGAAUGCCCAUGCGCGGCAAGAGAGGCGCGCGCAUUCAGCCAGUGCAUAGGAAAGCAUUCUCAAUGCUUUCCUAUGCUCGCUGGCGUCUUCUCACUGUGAAAAUCACAGAAGCGUGGAAGCGCCUCUAGCUGCUGUCAAUGAGGCGGCCACUAGAGCCUGGAUUAACCCAUAUUUAAACAUAGCAGUUUCUCUGAAACUGCUAUGUUUACAGCAGAAAGGGUUAAUCCUAGAUCGACCUGGCACCCAGACCACUUCAUUGAGCUGAAAUCGUCUGGGUGCCUAUAGUGGUCCUUUAAGUGUUUUUGCAUGGCAAUACCACUUACUAUUAUCUCACAUGUUCAAAAUUAGAGGGGGAGCUGAAAAAUCAGGACAUGAUUUCUAAACUGCCACCACUCCCUCAUUUUCAAGCCCAUCUACACAAAUCUUGUAUCAAAUGUUCAGCUAUCCCUGCUGUAACUAAAAAUGUCCACGGCUAAGCCAUAGUCCUGAUAGUUUUCACAAUAUGACCAUUUGUUUGCAACUCACGCCGUCCACUGACAUUCAUUGAAACUCCACUCCAGCCAGCUUGAGUUUGAAGGGCAAUUUCUAAACUGUGACUGUGCCUUCAUUUUUAAUAUUUCAGAGACUAUGCAUCAAAAUGUAGGUCUGGGUCUUGUGAUUCUCACAAUAUAAAGCUCUUCGCUGUAGGAUUUAUAGUUUUUAAAAUACGACCGUUUGAAGAUGGCAACCGCCAGUGAAGUGAGCAAUUUGGAGCAGUUUGUUUUUAAUGGCUCUUCUCUGCCCUAUUUGAAAUCUAUUAGUUCCUGUUGGCAGUUGGUGGAAUGUUCGAGGGAUUUGAAAGCUCUUUUCUGCCCUAUUUGAAAUCUAUUAGUUCCUGUUGGCAGUUGGUGGAAUGUUCGAGGGAUUUGAAAGCUCUUCUCUGCCCUAUUUGAAAUCUAUUAGUUCCUGUUGGCAGUUGGUGGAAUGUUCGAGGGAUUUGAAAGCUCUUCUCUGCCCUAUUUGAAAUCUAUUAGUUCCUGUUGGCAGUUGGUGGAAUGUUCGAGGGAUUUGAAAGCUCUUCUCUGCCCUAUUUGAAAUCUAUUAGUUCCUGUUGGCAGUUGGUGGAAUGUUCGAGGGAGAAAGAUUUGAAAGCUCUUCUCUGCCCUAUUUGAAAUCUAUUAGUUCCUGUUGGCAGUUGGUGGAAUGUUCGAGGGAUUUGAAAGCUCUUCUCUGCCCUAUUUGAAAUCUAUUAGUUCCUGUUGGCAGUUGGUGGAAUGUUCGAGGGAUUUGAAAGCUCUUCUCUGCCCUAUUUGAAAUCUAUUAGUUCCUGUUGGCAGUUGGUGGAAUGUUCGAGAGAUUUGAAAGCUCUUCUCUGCCCUAUUUGAAAUCUAUUAGUUCCUGUUGGCAGUUGGUGGAAUGUCGAGGGAUUUGAAAGAUUUGAAAGCUCUUCUCUGCCCUUGCUGUAGAGUGAGUGAACCACACUCCAACUUUUCCACCAUUACUCCAGCCACUCCAACCACACAAGUUACUCAAGCCACUCCACCCAGUUACUCCGCCCACUCCAGUUGUAGACUACUGGUGGAGGCAAGAACACUUCACACAAUUUCCCCAGAAAUUGUAGUUUUUCUAAUUAAAUAUUAUAUCCCUAAUUAUUAUGUGACUGCAUCAAGAGUAUGUUUGUGCUGUUCCUGGUGGAUGGAUUACAAGGGGCUGGAGAUGUUCAUUGUAACAAAGAACAUCUCCCCUCCCCCCUGCAACUACAACACUUCAGUGGUCUUUGCAAAAUAUGCAAACACUUGUGAAGGUGAUAGAGCCACGUUAAUUAAUAACUUAGUUGACAAUCACUCAUUUUAUCUUGCAAACCAUCCAGUUUUAAAAACAUUAACCAUAGACGUAGGGUUAAUUUACCCUUUCCGUUAUACACAAGUCUGUGGGUAGACAAGCUGUGGCUCCUAAAUAAAUCUGUCAAUUUGCGUAGAUCAGUAUGUCUGUUCCUUUAAGUGAACCUGUUGUGAAAAAUUUCACUCGUCUGAAAUCGCACCCAUAGAGCGAAUAUACCAAAUAUCACGAAGAUACGUGAUGUAUUCAAUGUAAAAUAUAUUGAUUUAUUGACUUUUAUUUAUUUUUUUUUCCAUUCAAGUGCCGCACCGUGGGCAUUUCUCUUCGUGUAACGCCCAACUCAGGGCGAUUCUCUCCGCCUGUAGUUUUCUUCGAUUUGCCCUGCUUGGGGAUGUUCCCUAGUGAUGCCAGCACGCUGGCGUCGGAACAGAGUGACGUCAUGUCCGCUGUUCCUCACGUCAUAUACUCACUAGCCAGUGCUAGCCGCUCCAUGUAAGUGGAGAGUAGAGGGACCUCCUGUGGGAGUUAUUUUUUCUGCUCUCCCAAUAAUUUGUUUGGGGCAUGACAUGUCCCUUUAGGGUGUUCGCAUAUCUGUCAUUGCUGUGUUAAUAUUAUCUGUUCUGUCUUAAGGAUAUUGUGUAUCUUCCUCUGUUCUGCCGUGCAGACAUAUGUGGUUUUACAGGUCCAUAUUCCUGAGGAAAAGGGGGGGGGGGGGGGUUUAAACUCACUCUCUAGUACUGGCAACUGUCUGUUAAAUGCUAUUAGACAUCACAGGAAAUUGCAGGAGCCUCUUUUCUCUCCUAUGUGAGUGCCAGGAAAUGUGUCUUUCUCUUCUCUCCAUUAACAUUAUGCACUUUUUGUAUUUGAGACUAGUUAUCGGCAUGUGCGAUUUGUACAAUCAAGUUACUGAAAUCCUGCAGCUGCUUAAUACAAUAUAAUGCCUCUAUUUUAUGUUUCUCCUCUCCAUCAGCAAUGACUUGGUCAUUUGAUUUUCCCAGCAAAGAUUUACUUAUGCAAUACUUAAUCUUAUUUUUCAUUCUUUAUACUUAAUCUUAAAGGGCAGUAGUGGCUGUAGAAUUAUAGAUCCCUUUCAAGUCUGGCAAUUUAAUGUGGAUUAAAAGUUUGCACACAGGGAACUCUUUAAUAUAUUGUCUGUUUCUGCAAGGUUUUGUUAUGCUAUUAAAGGGACACUCGGCAACAAAUCCUAACGUAGUGGUUUUGGUGCAUAGGUGCCACCCCUUAUGUCUGACAAAGUAAAUCAUUACUAUCUCUGAAUAUUGGCACGGUUUACAUUUUACCUAAAGCAUGCCUUUAGUGUCUCUCACCAGUGGCCACUAGAGAGAUUACCUACUUCGUGUUUAGUUUAAACACUGCUUGAGCACAUCUAAUACAUUUUAAUCUUAUUUUAUUUCAAGGGCAUGUGAAAUAAUAAAUUAGGAACACUAACGUAAAAAGGAAGUCGAUAUUUGUGUGUUUCUUUAGCUCCCUUAAAGAACCACUAAAGUUAAUCAUGCCAUUUCGUUUCAGCUAAGUUGUCUGGGUGCAUUUGUCCUGUCACACGGCCGCUUUGCAGAUACAUUAUGUUUUUUUUUUUUGAAGGGUUAAACACGAACAUUUUCUACCAUCAAACCCAGAUAUAAUUGGGGAUGCUCUCAUGGGGUUUACAGGGUGGGUGACUGGCAGCCUGGGAAAUAUGUUAAUUGUAUCUGUAUGUUUCUGUCGGUAUUCUGCAGAGUGAAAUCAGAUUAAUGGGAAAAAAAAAAGAAAUGAGCCAAUGGCCACGGGCAGGGACUGUUAUGAGAAAUUUUAGGUGAUUUACCAUCACCAACAUCAAGUUUUGCAACUAAAAUCUUAUUUAGAACAAAAACAAUGUAUCUUAUUUACACAGAAUGAUUUCUAAACCCAUUUAUGUGGAGGAGGGAUUUUAGGAAUGAAAAGAGGGCAGAGGGAUUUGUGCUAAAAAAUGAGUUACUGUGAAACAAAAUGAGUAUGAGAUGUCAAAAUCUGCAGACUAGACAAACAAACCGUUUCUAUAUAAAUGUGUAACAAUUUAGGAUCUCAUAUGAUGCUGUUUCACAUUAAAAAGUAUACAUGGGUAAAUCCCAUUUGGCAUUGCUAUAUUGGCACAGGAAACAUUUGUGUGUCCCUUUAAAAUCCAUGGGUUAAAUGGAUUCCUUUAUAUCAUGACAUACCAGAUGUGUUUUCUUUUAAAGGGUUAAUAUUUCUUACAGUCUUGUGACAGAAAGAUAAAGACAGUCUUGGGUAAAGAGACAGAUCCUUACACAUACAUGACAUCCAUACACACAGACAUUAUUGUACAGUCUAAAAAGUCCCGUUCACUGCCGGUCUUUCAUUGGCAUCACUGAAUGCCUUUCCCUUAUUGACAGUAAUUGUGUCUCCCUAAAACACAUUUGUUAGCCUACCGCAUUUGUGUCUGUUUAUACAGUCCAGCCCUCCAUAUCAUUCUUCCUUCCUUCUUUUUACUUGUAAUUUCCCUAACCAUCUAUUCCAUUGUUUAUCUAAAACCUUUUGACCUUUUCCCUUCCCUCUAUAUCUAAUUUAAAUUCUCUUAGUCAUUCUGUAACAUUGCCUCUAAAACACAAUGGGAUCACUUUAUUUUGAGCAACUUUUUUGCAUUAGAAAGUUAUGUAUGUGUUUAACCAAUUGUUUUUAUUUAGUUAUUUAUCCGUAAUCUAUCAGAAAAUGAUCUUUGUUUGAAAUACUGAAAGCCACUAGAGGUGAUUUGAACCCUGCAUUGUACACGUUGCAAUUUCUGAAAUACUGCAAUUUCUUUACAUUUGCAAACUUCGACGAAUAGGACCACUGCACCCAGACCACUUUUUUUUUUUUUUUUGAGAUGAUGUGGUCUGGGUGACUAUAGUAUCUCUUUAACCAUGCCCCAAUAGCAGGAAAACCUAUGUAUUUUUUUUUUAAAUGUAUGCAAUGUUUUGCCAUCAGUUUGAGCUCCAGACUACGCAUGUACAGUCCAUGACUGCGCUAUGUCCAUGUUUUGUGAGCAACAGGGAAAUUGAUAUAAAGUGUUCUGGAACAUAGUAGUGUGAGCUGCUUGAUUGACAGUCCUAGUUGGAGUAAGAGUGGACUUAGGGUGCUCAAAGCUCAUGGAGCUUAGACUGACCCUUUUAAUGUAUGUUGGUAGACAUGAACACAAAUACGAGUGUUAAUGUUUAUUCCUGCAGCAAAAUUUGUAUCAAUGGCAGGAGGGGAUGAAAAAAAAAUAAAACAUUUUAUAUCAAAAUAACAAACGCAUUACAGAGCUUCAGAGCAUGCCAGUUAGAUGCUUCUCGUAAAGAAGCGCUGAAUCUAAUACCUCUCUGGUAGAAGCAUUUGUGGGUUUUCACAGUUAUCAUGCUGUACAUGAUGAAUCUGAAUGUGAAUACCUUAAAGGAGGAAGUGGCUCUAGUGACUGUCAGACAGCCGCCACGCUUUCUGACAAAAGGGGCAGGGUCUGUGCAGCAAAAGCACUACAUUAGGAUAUAAUGGUUGUGGUAUUUUUUAGUCCUCUUUUAGUGCUCGUGUGUAGAAUUUUUAAAAUAUGUGAAUGAUGGAUACCUCUCUGUAACAAAUAACAUACAGCACAUUGUAAAACACAAAUCUGGGAGGAGAGGGGGGGAGGGUUUAAUUGGUGAAGGAGGAAAGGGACAUCUACACUUCCCCCUUCCAGGCUCUGCCUGCAAGUGUGAAGCUCAAAAUGUCCAUUGGCAGCGUGCAGUGUGCACAGACAUUGGGUGUAUUUCAGGCACACAAUUGACAUUUGUCAGCCUGGAACAAAGUCGUACAUACAGACUCCUACUACCAUGACCACUUCAAAUUAAUGAAAUGGUCAUGAUUGCUGGAGUAACCCUUUAAACAUCAAAUACAAUUAAUCACAAACAUACCGUAUAUACUAGUCUAUAAGUAGAGUGCAGUUUUUUUGACCAACAAUUGUGAAAUAUGCUAUGACUCGUGGAUAAGUCGAGGGUACUGCAUUUGAAUGGAAUUGUUCCCCUUUGGUUCGGUUACCGAACAGACUCUGUGUGUUCCCCCUUGUUAGCACCUCGUAAUCACUGCCCACCCCUGGCUGUUAGCCACAAACAAGCAUUCCCUGGGUGGCCGUCAUUUGUGUAUACGAAUGCACGUGUUGAAACAAUCUUGUCUCCCGAACGCAGACAAUGGUACAUGGUCGUUGACGGAAUGGAUCUGAGUCCGCCACGCAAGCCCGCAAAACCCGCUGAAACUUGUACUCCUGCCUGUUCGACUUCCCGAACAGCUAGGAAAACGGCGUUCGGGAGUCUAAAUUCUAUCGAAACUUGCACUGACCCGUGGAUAAGUCGACUCUGUGUUUUUAAAAUUUCUCGACUUAAACACGAGUAUAUACGGUAGCUGUUAUUGUUAUUUAUUUUUUAUUUUUCCUCUCUCUGUAUACAGAACUGAAAAAGACCUAAUUGAAAUCUAUAGGGGAGAUAUUAAGUUAUGUGUUCCCAAUUCCAGAGAUGGGCCCCUUGCUCUCUCUGCUUAGAGGGAUAUCUACUAUGUCUCUCUGGCAAUGCCCAAAGAAAGACAAAAUGGUUGUCUGUGGUUUCUGUACCUCUUGAACAGAGGCAACCUAAUGGCCUUUCAGUUCUGGACUAUCCUUGUCGGCUGGGUUAAUAGCACAUGAAAAUAGUGUAAUUUCCCCAUUCGGUUCUGAUUCACUUUUAUAGUACAGAGGAUGUUCAUGAGAAAAUAUUCUGUGAAUGCUUCUGCAAAAUAGUUCUGUACUUCUCUCGCAGGUGUGAAAGAGCUGUUGGUGUUACUGUGAAAAUAUUGAAUAUGGAACCUUACUGACGAAGUUGUGUGUUGUAUUAUCCAGCCCUACUUUGCAGUGCUGUAGGCAAUAUUAAAAGUAAUUAAUUUCUUAUUUUUUUUAACCUUCGUAUUUGACAGGAUGACGUGUUCUAAACAAAUGCUUUAUUUCCGUGAUGAUUUUGUAAAAGAAAAUAUUUGUACUGAAAUCUUCUGACUUGUUUCCAUUGCAUGAAAACAUUACAAUCCUCUGAAGUAUCUGAUUUCUGGUGACCUAUAUAAAGCAAGCCAGAAGAGUCCAUGGCAUCUUCAACAGGAUUACAUUUUUACUCCCAACAGUGGAAUUCUACCUGAGUGCGAUGGACUUUUUAUAUGUAUCGAUGGACUUCAGGAACUCAACACCAGUACCUGGGAUUUGACUAAGCGCGGGAGUCUUCAGAGUGAGUGGAUACUUUGAUAUAAAUAGAUUACUUAGAAAGUUUAAUCUUCCUGAUACAUUAAGACUGCGGCAACAGCAUAGAUCAUCUUUGGUUAGUGGAAAUUUUGAGCCCUGCUUAUAUUUUUUUUUUUUUUUAAAGCGGCUUGUGGAAAUUUCAAUGCAGUCAAAAGAUAUACCAAGACAAGUAAGCACUACUUUAUCUCCGUGUUUGUCUGAUGCUUGAGAAAAAAGUGGAGCUACCGCUGCCAGGUUUUAUAAUUUCCGACGUAUAUGUCGCUAGUGCUGGCUUAGAGCAAAUAAAGCAUAGUUUUUGUACGAUCCCGCGGUCUCACUCCAUAGACCUUGUUCUACUCUAUUACAUUCACAAGAAUACAGCACUGAUAGGGACACGAGAUCUAUGCAGUUAACUGGCAGGAAGAUCAUGGCUGUGGCCACAAUAGACCGUUUCAGGUAAAUAAAAUUCACAUUCUCUCCACAGCCACCAGAUACCCAGCACAGCAGUCACCCAGGCGGUGACACAACCGUUUUAAGAAAUUGUCUAAUAUGUUCAGUCAACUGAACGUUAAAGGACCACAAAAGUGCCCGGAAAACAUACUCGUUUUCCUGGCACUAUAGUGCCCUGAGGGGGCCCCCACCCUCAGGGUCCCCCUCCCGCCGGGCUGGAUGGAGAGGAAGGGGUUAAAUCUUACCUUUUUUCCAGCGCGGGGAACUCUCCUCCUCCUUUCCCCGUCAUCGUCUGAAUGCGCAUGUGCGGCAAGAGCCGUGCGCACAUUCAGUCCAUAGGAAUGCAUUCUCAAUGCUUUCCUAUGGACGCUGGCGUCUUCUCACUGUGAAAAUCACAGUGAGAAGCCCGGAAGCACCUCUAGCGGCUGUCAAUGAGACAGCCACUAGAGGCUGGAUUAACCCUAAAGUAAACAUAACCCUAAUGUUUACAGUAAACAUACGGUAUGUUUACAGCAGAAAGGGUUAAUCCUAGGUGGACCUGACACCCAGACCACUUCAUUAAGCUGAAGUGGUCUGGGUGCCUAUAGUGGUCCUUUAAUGGAAUCUCCCAAAAAGAGAGAGCCAACCUAAACUGAAAGAAGGGAAACCUUUCCAAGGAUUGAAUACUGGGAAUUGAAAGCUGUGAACGAAAUACUACCCUGUUAAAAUAUCACGUGUUGCGAUAAGGUUACAUAUGCAAAUAGUGGAGAAAGCAGUGACUGUGAGCAGAAUGAAAACCCUGGGUGACAUGUUGUACGGUACAUAGAUCAUGUUUUUCACUUUUUGGUGAUUGUGGAAUGAGUACAGAGGACGGAUCUUCCUUGGGAGCAUCACCAGUGACCCAACUUGCGAUGCCCAUAAUUGCCAGGCCCGUCUGGAAAUCAAACAUGUCCUGUGUGUUCAGUGCAUCUAAUGAUGCAAUCAUGCUGUGCUACAUGAAGACAUUUUCAUGGUUUCACUGGACGCAGGACACCAAGGAACAAAUUCAGGACAGGAUCACAAAAUUGGAACUGUCCUGCAUUAUGCAGGACAAUUGGGAGGCUUGAUAGAUAUUUGUGCACACAAAAAGUAAGGUGGACAACACAUGAAAACUGAUGCCAAAAUAUGAACAUAUAAAUGAUGCAAUGCAUUUUUAUGUUGCACAUAAAAGGAUUCUAUAUAUUGAACACAAAACAGGAUCAAAAAGACAAGAAGUCAUACUAAUGCAGAUCUGCUAAUGAUGGAUCGUAGAUGUUUAUUUAUAGCCAGUGUGUUUCAAGACGUAGAAAGAAACUCUGCAAUUAAUUUAAAGUCCAUCGUUUUAAAAACUCAGAGGACCACAUUCAUCACAUCAUUGUGCUUCAUUUAUAAUGUGAAUUCCGAAGCUGUUUAUUGAGCAUGUGAAAUGCAGAAAAGUGCAAUAUUUAGAGUGGACACGCAGGUCCAAACAGUGAGAGCGAAACGGUUAUAGCUUACAAAAUAUUCAAUUGUAGUAGGUUCCAUAAAGCAGAGGUAAUAUCAGCGGUAAACGUAUUAAGUAAAUUCCAGUGAAGUGAACAGUUUAAGCAUCUUAUGACUUUGGGUAUAUGGAGGAUCUGUCAAUCAGCUUCAUAUAUAAUGUGAAUUUAACAAAUAACACUGAAAAAGGAAAUCACCCAACCCAUAGCUGUUGUGCAAAAGGCUGUUCCUCUUCUAUGAAACAUUUUGACACAUUCAUUAGAAGAUGUUUAUUCGUAAGCAUAUAAUAGAACAGGGGUAGGCAACCUUUUAGCAGCACUGUGACGAUAUAGGAUUGUGAUGACCCCUGGCGUGCAUGUCGUAUUUUUUUAAAUUGAGGUGUGUAUGCUGCCGUAUUCUGCUUGUGUUAUUUAUACUGCAGUUGCUUUGUAUUGUUGUAUUUGUGCGUAUAUGAGCUAUUAUAUUGUAUAUGUUCAUUAGUAGUUUAUGGUAUCGUGUAUGAUACACAUGAAUGUGGGCUGUGUAUGAGGGCUGCUUGUGGAAUUGUGUGUGUGGAUGGAUAUGUCACAUUGUGUGUUUGGUAGUGUGUGGGGUAUUGCAUGUGAGAGGCUGCAUGUGGGAUUGUGUGCAUGUAUGUGGAUUGUUAGUGGUGUUGCGUUUGUGGGGAUUGUGUGUAUGUUUAUGUGUGGGCUGUUCGUAUUAUUUGUAUGAGGGGUGGCUUAUUCAGCAGGUCUGUGUAUAUCUAGCAGUGUGGGUGGGUUCUCUGGGUUCCAGUGGGGACCAGGCUGGCCAGGUACAGGUCAAGGACAGGAGCUGCAACAGCAGCUGCAGGCUGCUCUACUACAGUGUGGACUCCCAUUCACAAGUGCUGGGAGUAAGUGAUCUGAAAUCACUUACUCUAUGUGCUGCAAUGCAUAAAUUGAGGAUUUUCCUUGACCACCUUUUUGUGUUAGCAGAUAUCUGAAGUUUCACUGAGACUCCUGAUAGGCCAGAGCCUGUUUGGCUCUAGCAGCCGUGAGUGCCGUGGAAAGACACCUCGAGUGCCGUGCAUGGCACUAGUGCCAUAGGUUGCCUACCCCUGUAAUAGAAUAUGAAAAUUGCAUUUUUAUAUAAAAAUGAUAUAUAGCAAUACAGUCUAUUGUUCAAAGUAUUGAGCAAGCCCCCUAGAGGAGGCGAUUGGAGAGGCCAAAUUUAUUCUUGCAAAGUGGAUUUUCUGAGUUCAGAGUUAAACGUUUCACUUUAUUUAUUUGAUCUAAUUUGGAUUGAUCUUUCAGUCUUAUAUUACAGAAAUGUUGCUGUUUCAGUCUAGGAUGGUGCCGGUAUCUGCAAAGGGUUGAUUUUUGUUUUUUUUUAAAUUUAAUUAUUUUUGUGAUUUCAUAUUCACUAUAUUUGUAAUGUAUUAAAAAUAUAUUUUUUAAUUUGUCUAUUUUAUUUUUUGUCGGGGGUGUGUUUGUUUUUUGUAUUUUCUGGAUUGUGUAUAUCACUAUUGUCCAUGGUUAUUGGAAAGACUGGUGUCUCGCCCGCUAUUUACUUUUCCUAUUCUGUAAACUCUGUACAUCAUGUUUCACAUUCAGUAAUAGUUUCCAUGUUUACCAAAGGAUUUCUAUAGCUAAUAGGUUUUACUAUACUGCCGGAACGGUGAAGUUGUUUGUGUGUGACCUAUCAGAACGUUUACAGGGCAAAGUUAGUUUGAUAACCCAGCUGUGCCUGUGUGUUUGUAUCAAAUGUAGAAAAAGUUAAUCCCAAACGAUGCUUCUGUAUUUGGUAUAAAUUCCUUUGGUUUGAGAUUUCUGCAGUAAGCUCCGCGCAGACCAGGAAGUGAUUCAUCCAGUCUUGAUCCCAUGAUUUUCUAUUACUGAACCUAUCCUAUAAAUGCAUAGAUUAUGAAUGGAGGAUUGUAUGAGCCUGUAUUAAAGGAAGCAUACGCAUAAACUACAAUUCCCAGAAACAUACUAUCCUGAGUGACUGCCCAACAGGCGAGUACUUCUUUGGGCAGAGGGAAACGUAGCUGCCAUCAAGGCAUAUUUGAGUGCGUUUGGAUUUUUAAAAUCUUUUUUUCUACAAACUCUUGUAGUAAUUAUGUAUGUUGUGCAGGGAGAAAGACUAUCUGAAAACAAAUAGUACUUAUGGUGCUUGGAGUGUUCAUUUAGGCCAGUAUGCACCAUAGCGCGGCACUGAUGUGACCCAGACCUGUUGGGUUCUAUAGUGGUAAUAGAACACAUUUUGGGUGUAUGUGUUUAUUAUUAUUCACACGGCCAUUCUGACACCCAUCUCUACUUUACUGAAUACAACAGUUUUCCAUAUCUAAGGCAAGACAAGGGUGAAUGUACUAAUGGCACAAAAAAUCCUGUGUUUAGAAUCAAAUCCUACCAGAAUAUUACCACAGUAGUGCAGCUAAUAGUAUACAAACCUUCAAAUAUUCUACUUCUGAAGCCAAAAAAAAGUAGGGGAACCCAAGCAAAACGUGAUGCAGUUGGUUCUAUUUCUGUUCGUAGCACAAAGAGUUAACUGGUGAACUCUUUUUAUCUGUAAGUGUAUCACUUUCAAUCUUCAUCUUUGCAUGCCAUUGUGAACUGUAUUUUAUUCCAAAGUCAGCUGCUCAUUGGUAAGAGACCACAUGAAAUCUUGGGGCAAUCAGUGGUCAAUGCAUGAAUAGUCAGGACAGAAGGAUUCAGUCGGUUGUAGGACACUCAAGUCCUCCAAGAAAACCCCAUUUAGAUAAUGAAUGACUUUGUAUUGCAUCAGUUUCACAGUCAUUUUGCGUAAUCACUACGUGGUGCUAACACCCCUCCUCAAGGUGAGGAUUCAAUGAUUGUUGUUGAGAUGAAAGUACAUACAGGUUGCCAGAUUACCAAUGGUCCAAGGGUGGAUUCCUGUGAGGCAAAGAUUAAGUAAUAUUCUAUUUAUUUAUUUUUAACAGAUGUCCCCUACCUGACUUUGGGGAGGGCUAAAACCUUUACUUGUUCCACUAUAUCUCCUUCAUGGUAUUAUGAAAAUUGCCAUUGCAAAAUGAAACCCCAUACAAAUUCUGGCUUAAUAUAACGACUCUAAAACAAACGUUUCUGGCACGUGAAAGGCACCAAAAUUAGACUUACUUGUGUUCUUAAUCUAAACUGCAACCUUAUCAUUGACUAUCGCACAGUCACUUCCUUAUCUGUAUUCAUAGUUUGUUUGAAUCCUUAUGGCUGAUGCAUUUUUAGGUCCUUUCUGUAGCUUGUUAUAAACUUACUCUCUAAACCCAUAUUCUCAGAUUUACUUUUGCUUAAAAUAUCACUUGGCAAUUCUCCAAAACUUCUGCUUUCAUUAAGUUUUCAUUAAUCAUCGAAUACAAAAAUCGUAAUCAACCAUCACAUACAUCCUAAGUGUUGCCCAUCACUGGUUAGUUUACAUACCAUCGCACAGCAACAUAUUGCUACAUAUGAAUACAGUGCUGGGGCUCAAAAAAGUGUUUAUUAUUUUAUUUUGUGUAUGGUUUAUUCCUUAAUACCCAGUGUUAAUUAUUCCCUGUACAUUUUAUUUAUUUAUUUUCCUUUAGAUGUUACCUAUAUACAGAAAAGGAUAAACAUAGCAUAAUACUGUUGGACUAAAAGAUUGUCAAUAAGUAAAUAUUGGUUUCACUCACACUUUGCAGAGCCACAUAUAGUAGGCUCUGACUUUUGUCGCUCUUUUCAAAUCCCUGAUGUAUUUGACUCCACCACACCUCCAGGUCUCUCCACUUUUGCCAGGAUACAGGAGAUAUAAAUGAUUCCAAAGGAGAUAGGGGAUAUAGGUCAAUAUAUCCCCUAUCUCCUUUGGAAUCAUUUAUAUCUCCUGUAUCCUGGCAAAAGUGGAGAGACCUGGAGGUGUGGUGGAGUCAAAUACAUCAGGGAUUUGAAAAGAGCGACAAAAGUCAGAGCCUACUAUAUGUGGCUCUGCAAAGUGUGAGUGGAACCAAUAUUUACUUAUUGACAAUCUUUUAGUCCAACAGUAUUAUGCUAUGUUUAUCCUUUUCUGUAUAUAGGUAACAUCUAAAGGACAAUCAAGUAUUUAUAAGUAUAUUAUAUACAUAUUUUUACCUGCACUCCUCUAUCUUUAUCUUUUAACAAUAUUUGUAUUUGUGUGUUUUUUAAGUGGUUUUUUAAACACUGUGGAGUUGCACUUAUAUUCCAGCUACCACCCCCACACUUGUGUGUGUUUUUUUGCACUUUAUUGUGUAGACUUGUUUGUAUUAUUUAUUUAUUUAUUUAUUUAUUGCUUUUUAUUUUUUUUAAAUCAAUUUGUGUUUGAUAUAUUUAAGUUUUUAGUACAGUAGACUAAUAACUUGUUUCUUUUUUUCCCUAAAGAAAAAUAUACAAAUAAAGUAUAAAAAAAAAAACCCACAUAAAACCAUAAGUAACCAUGGCUGACAUGACGGUAGAAGAUAUUCAGCUUCGGGCCAAUCAGGUCACAGAUGAGGUAAGUGGUAUCCUAUAGCAAUUAAUAUGUAUUGAGAAUUGCUUAAUGUUUACUGUGUAAAUGGUAAGUACCUAAAAUGUAGUAUCACCUCCUCCCAGCUAUUGCAGAAAUACAACUCCCAGCAGGAGAGUCUACCUUAUAGCAACUUCUGCAGUAUAAUGACUGUAUUUAUAAAUAUUCAGGUGCACAGAAAAUAAAGCUAGCAUUGCAUUUCUUUAUUUAUUAGUUCUAGGUAAAUUUCUCAGUAUGCCAAACUCCAGUUUAUUAAGUAGAUGUUUGCUACGUUGUGUAUUAACAUUGUGUUGAGCAAAGUGCGAUCUGCAUGUGUCACACAAUGAUUAACUUUCACAGGGAGCUUGUCUGAUAGUUUAUUUAAAUAAACGCAACGGAAUUCAUGUAGUGCAAAUAUAUACAAUGAGAUUUUGUGCGAAUGACUCUUUGGCCACCCCAAAUGCUUAUGACCAAGAUGCUCUGCUGGUCAGUGGGAUGCACACUUUUCGCAGUACUCACCUCUUGGUUUUACGAUUCAGUGCAUCUGGCCCCAUUGAUGAUUGUCCAUACCACUGCUCAGCCCAGGAGCAAAUCUAGGAUCAGAAUGCCUUCAGUAAAGUGGCCUGCCAAUCAUAAAGGAGUGCCAGUGAUUAGCUGUCACUGGAGUGACCCGUCUGUAAAACAAAAGAUUAAUUUAACUCCAGUUUCAGCUGUGCACCGUAAAGCGGCCAAUAGAUCAGCAACCAAUACUGCGCUUUGUAAAAUGUUCUGCUUUACUCCCUUUAUCCAUUACUAGCACAGCUCCCUGGAAGCAGAUUAACUGCUCUCAAUGGUUCUUGGUUAGCUGCCAUCAGACUGGUAUUUGUUUUCCCAACAAAUCUCUCUGCGUGGCAGCUUCCCAUUUCCUCAAGGAAUUCGAAUGUAUGGCUGGUAAGUUGACGUAAGUUAUUAAAUAAACUGCAUGCAUAUUAUACAUUCUCAUCUAGUAUAUAGAUACGCUAGAAGCACUCCGCCAAGAGCUGCAGGUUCUAUGUCUUGUAUCACAUGUUCCAGUGGGAGUUGUUUCCAUUAAGAACCAGUGACUGUCUUGAUGAUCAGAGCUUUAGGCCAGCUGAAUGGAAAGGAUUCUAAACCAAAAUGACAUUUUCUCUUCUUAAGGAACAGAUUGUAAUAAUAUGGAUUGUCAUUAAGGGGAAAAAAGCUAUUUACGUUUCACAUUAUUUACUUGCACCAAAUAUUAUUCUUCAUGUUUGUUUAAAGACCUGAUUCACACCAGAAAGUUCAAGUAGAAUGAGAAAACCUUGUGUUCGAUUAUGUGGAAACAUUUGGUUAAGAGGGUACUCAUAUUAAAAAAAACCAAACUGUUUUAAUAGAUUACUGUAUUUGGUUAGACUAAACUUUACAGGCAAGCCACAAGAAAAUAAAUAAAACUGUAUACUAAAAAAAACCCCAUUACCUUCUUUUCCCACCUGCACCAGUCACACACUCAUAUUGAUCUGUUUCUUUUUUUUAUAUUUCUUUAUUUUUAUUAUAUGAAAGUUUUAACAUUUGCAUGUGAGGUACCCCAAAGGCAAUCCUCCAGCGCAUUAAGACAUCCAGAUACAGAGAUAAAUGUUAAAAACACAACAGAAAUUAAACAAGCAAAAAAAAAAUUGAUAGUAUUGAUCUGUUUCUAAUAUCUCCCUCCCUGAUACCCAUGGUUAAGUUUACCUCCAUAGGAUCCAUCACAUGGUCAGACCAUGCUGACAUCACGUUGCCAAACACAAUACGAUCGUGAUCUUGGCGCCUAAAACCCGGUUCUACUACAUAACCCACAGAUACGGGACUCUAUCUCCCAAGCUAUCACUGACUUUUUUUUUUUCCUUAAACCAAGACUCACUCUCCUCCCUGGGCACACUUUGGGUGGCUCACAAAUUGGUUCUCUGGGGUACCAUGAUCAGGCUCACCUCACACAACAAAAAACAAAAGUUAGAGACUCUCCAACAUGCACUGACUAAAUUACGCUCUUUAGUAUCCAAGCUCAAACAAAACUCCACCCCAGAACUAAAUACGCAGAUUUCACAAUGUCAAUAAACUAUAAAAGAAUUAAUGGCAUCAGAUUCUGCUAAGGCACUUCAAUGGACCAGACAACACUACUACGAAAAAUCUAAUCAAGCAGAUACUUUUUUGGCUCUGAAGCUCAAGCAUAGAGCGGCUCACAAACGCAUGGACAAAAUAAAAUCCCCAGACAAACACAAGAAACACCACAACGUAUAGCAGAAGUAUUCCAAGAAUACUUCUCCUCACUGUGCAACCACAGCUCAGAGACCCGCCAAAACCCCAAUCUGAUCACGACGCAGAUUAAACGAUGCAUUAACCCGCAUUAACCUCCCAAGGAGCUAAUAAAUUGAUCACACUGCUUACAGCCGAAGAAUUGUCCAUCACGCUUAAAACCCUUAAACACAACAAGUGUCUGGGACCAGAUUGGUGGUCCAGACUUUAUUACAAAACAUAUGCCCACAUUUUUACCCCUCAUCUCUGCAAACUUUUUUUAACUGCAUACUAGAAGAAGCGUUCCAAACUGACAUGUUACAGGCAAACAUGCCUCUUACCCAAAUCUGACAAAUCUCACUUAGAACCUGGCCACUUCCGCACCAUCUCUUUGCUCAACGUGAAUAUUAAACUAUUCAUGAAACUUAUGGCGGAACGACCCAAUCCCCCAAACUUAUACACCCAGAUCAGGUACGGUUUAUACCCUCUAUACAAGCCGGCGACCACAUCAGACGGACACACCGACUACAGACUGAUCUCCACCUUGGUUCUAUCCCUUGACACUGAGAGCGCGUUCGACAGGUUACUUUGGCCCUUUCUCUUUGCCCCACAUCCCCGGAGAUUCUCACAUCUAAGAAUAUGGGUUAAAAUAGCGUUAAAAUGCAAACUAACUUCCAAUUCCUCACCACUCACACCAACCCUUCGGAACACACAAUUUGCCCCGGGCAUGCACCCCAAAGACUUUGUGCACUUUGAAGACCAUGAUCUAACCAACAACCAAUUCCCUUCGCAGAUCUCACAAGGCCCAGACCGCUUACAACUUUCGACUUUUUCGCUACAUUCAGAUUAAGAGCUUCUUCAGCUCCCCCACAAAUAAAAUAGCAAGUACAACCCCCUUAACGCCAUUUGAAAGAGCUUGUAUGCACCACCCCAUCCAAUAGGGUUAAAUCCCAACACUAUACAAUCAGCACUCUAACCUACAUGUCUGCUUGGGAGAUGGAUCUGGGACCUAUUGGGACCCCAAGGCCUGGCUAGCCAUUUGGAAAGCCACUACUACGGUUACUGUUUGCGUGAAUCACAAGGAACAGGCGUCCAAAACGCUAAUAAAGUGGUAUAUUACACCCCUACGGUUAAAACAACUGGGGAGGACAGAUUCAGACCGCUGUUGGAAGGGGUGCCGGAACAAGGUUAUUUAUAUCCACCUCUGGUGGGAAUGUGAACACAUCGCACAAAUCUGGCAUCAAGUAUCACAAAUGUCUUCCCAAGUCUUGCACUCCGAUAUCCCACUCGACCCAUAGACCUGGCUAUUGUCCAGGCCUCUCCAGAAUACCCCACAGGCCCAAAAUAAACUCAUUGCCAAUAUUGCGCUAGCCACAAGACAAGCGAUAGCUGAAAGGUGACUCUGGACAGGAACUGGCUCUGGAGAGGCUCACACCCGACUUCUUGUCGUUCCCCUCCCCAAUUAAACUCUGACUCCCCUGUGUUCAUGCACCCAUUAUGUCUUUCUGUUCUGGCUAUUUCAUUAUCCAACCCCCAUCAAACAAAACGAGUGGGACAGGUAUCCUCUGGUUACCUCACUAACACUUAUGGGCUCGCUUCACUGUACCACCUACUACACCACAUCAAUGACGCUCUCAAACCUUACCAUGCCUGCAACCAGACAGCUUAAACUUGCCUAACAUCGCGACUACCACACCCCCUGGGCUUGCAAUGAAAACAAAAAGUUGACAUCCCAUACAAUGACUCCUUCUGCUCACUCAAAUGCCUUGCCUUGCUUUUUGCAGGUUACGACCUACAGCACCUCUUUUAGAGCAGAACAUGAUAUGAAUCUCCCCCCAAAACAAGUCAGUUUAGUCGAUAUACCCCCAAUGAAAGCAAAUGCUUAUUUAUGCAUUUUUACUUAGCUGUGUAUAUUUAAAAAAAAAAAAAAACCUUGUCAAAACUGCAGAUUUCUUGUCUGAAGCCUUUGCAAGACCGCCCCUCUUUAACUCUGCACACAUCUUCAAUUGUUGUCCAAUUGUAGACUUCCCAAUGCAGCUCAAUGAGAAGUCUUUGCAAGGCAGGUGCUCUGGGCAAUUAUUUGUCUCUCAAAUCUAAUGCCACUGAGCCAAACUACCAGGAAGUAACAGGACAGAAUGUCUGGGCAGCUGGGUGUGUAACACGGUUCAUUUAUUGAAAUCUGCGCAUUUUGUAAAAUGGACACAAUUAUCACACAGAAAGCACUUCAGCUAGCAAACACAAACAAAAAAUAAACUGCAGUGUUAUGUCAAUCUGCUUAGUGUUUCCUUUUGCUGACUGGUAUGCAAGCCAUACAUUGAUUCAAUGUUACCAUCUUUUCUUUCAGUCACUCGAGAGUACACGCCGGAUGAAGAAUCUGGCAGUUGAGGUAAGAGAUACUUUUUGAUUGGGUGAUGCUCGCCUACAUACCUAUUUGCAGCUAAUUACUGUAUUUACUUAAAUCUAAAGGGCACUUUAAAAAAUAAAUAAAAAAAUAAAGUUUCCAAAAUUUUAAUGCGCAUUACAUUUGGGGCACAAUUCUAAACUUCCUGGUGAAUUAAGACUGGCGAAUUGCGUUCCGGAAAGAGGGCGGUCCUCGACUUUACGACCGUCCUAGGAAUGGAAUAAGCAGAUUCAGGAGCAAUUUAAUGAGCAAUGUGAGGUAUAAAAAGGAAUUACUAUCAUUAUUAUAAAAAAAAAAAAAUCAAAAUAAGAGCAAAUUUACCCCAAAAUGGCAGAGAAACAGCGAAGGACCUCAUGUGAAGCAAAAUUCAAACGGAAAUUUAUGUUGCGUAAAAAAAAUUUAAAAAAAAGGAAACAGACUAGCAAAAGAAGUCACCCUUACAUAGACCAAGAGAUUUUGGAAUUUGUACGGGAAAGAAGAAAGAAUGGGCUACCUGUGACUAGUGAACAAAUUAGAAAUAAAGCUAAAAAUUUGGCUAUAUAUUUCAGUAUUUCAAAGGAAAAUUUUAAAGCCAGUCAAGGAUGGGUAGGUCUCUACAGCGCCGUACAACACAAGCCAAAAGCUUCCAGCAGAUUUUGAAGAAAAGCUGCAAUCAUUUCAAAAGUAUGUAAUCGAGCUUCGUAAGAGAAACAAAUUCUUGAUGGGACAAACUGGCAACGCGAAUGAGAUGAGGUUCGAUAUGCCACGCAACUACACCAUUACAGGUAAAGGGGCAAAAUACGUUGACAUAAAAACUUCAGGAUGUGAAAAAACGGCAGCUAACUGUUAUGCUGGUAAUCUCUGCAGAUGGUUGCAAACGUCCUCCAUUUUUAUAUUUCCUGUAAAAAAACAUCAGCCAAGACCAGUGCAAACAAAAACUUCUUCCCUAAUUAUGUCAUUAUUCAAAAUCAAGAGAAAGGAUGGAUGACUGAAUAUUUAAUGCUAGACUGGCUUAAAAAUGUUUGGGCACAAUGUCCAGGUGCACUUUUGAACCCCAAAUCAAUGCUUUGUCUGGACUUAUUUUUGCAUUCAUCUGACAGAUGAAGUUGAAAAAAAAAAAAAAAUGUAAUAAAAAAAAUGAAGCCUGAACAACGGACUUGUAAUUCCUGGAGGGAUUACAUCUGUUUUACAGCCCUUGGAUGUUAGGGUUAGCAAACCCUUCAAACCGUUCAGAGGGAGUACGAGAAAUGGCUCUGUGAGCCGAACCGGGAACUGACACCAGGAGGAAAAUUAAAGCGUGCUGCUCCUCAUGAUGUUUCUCACUGGGUUUCUACUGCUAGAUGUAUCACAGCGCCUCUAAUUGGAAAUUAAUUUAAGAAAUGUGUAUAUCUAAUGCAUUGGAUGGUAGUGAAGAUGACGUAUUUUGGAGCAAGUCAGAGGAUGACUGGGAAAGCAUGAAUGAAUCGGACACUGACAUGUCGGAUUUAUUCUCAGAGGAUUCUGACGGUGGUGAGAGUAAUUAAGAAGAUAACCGUAAAUACAUAAAUGUUGAAAGUUUGUUAAUUACCAGUAUGUUUCUGAAGAACUAUUGUAAGUGUUGAAAGUUUUUUUUUUUUCUUUUUUUUUUCUUCUUUUUCUUUAUGCUUGCUUAAGAAAGAAUUGUCUUAACAUGUAACACUAAAAUUGAAAUGCCAUCAAUGUUACUAUGGAAAUGGCAAUAAACACUUUCAUUGUUGUACAAUGUUGUAUAAUAGUAUCUUAUUACAAAUGCGCCAGCAAAAAUAUUUUUCAGCUUCCAGGUUUCAAAAAUUGAGGUGUGCAGGGGGGCGGAGCCUGGCGCUGAACCGGACCGGACGCCAUCUCUUCUAGCUCCGUCGAUCUCACACACACAAUCUAGGCGAUAUCCUGGAGACUAGCCGCCAUCCGACUGUGUAAGCAUCAGCUACAGCCUGGGGACACCACACCGAAUCCCCAGAUGCCCUUCCAGUACUCCCCGAAGCAUCUAAAGGCAAGACGCAGGACCGGGGCCUACCACACACCCGCCAACCGCGACCUCGAGCUUCUCUGGGGCGGGGACCCUGCGGGAAACACAGCAGAGUGGUGGCUGACCCUUACAUCACCUGGUAACACAGCAAUGGGGCAUAGAAAUCAGAAGAGUACCCCCAGUAACGCUCCAGAACAGAGGGAUAUAGGAGCUAUGCUCCAGCGGCACACCUCUGCCAAGAUGGCGGCCGCGGAAGGCCCAACCUCACCAGAGGCUCCCCACACGGACGUACCUGCAACACUUCAGCUGCAGAACAAAACGGAGGGCUCACAGCAACAGCCCACAGCAUCAGCAGGUAACUCUGAACUUGCAACCAAACAGGACCUCCAAGCCCUGUACACUAUGCUGCAAGACAUUCAAAACCUCCUCACUGCGGAUCUGCCUAUCCUAAAAUCAUCCCUGCAUCAACUAAAAGGCAGAAUGGAGGCAAAUGAAGCAAAUAUUAAGGAGCUAAGCCAAGACACCUCCACCAUGCAGGCAUCUAUACUCCAACUACAAGCAGCCCAACAGGCCCUUACACUACAGGUGGCAGCGCAGGAGGACAGGUACCGCCGCAACCACGUAAAAAUAAGGGGCAUCCCGGCCACAGUCCCCCAAGAGGAACUGCCACACUACGUCAGAAGGCUGCUGGCUUCAGUACUGCCACCUGCUACCACUAAAAAAAUAACCACCGCUGGGCUAUAUCGAAUACCAACGUCUACCUUAACCACCGCCAAAACGCCCGGCGACGUCAUACUCCACUGCGCACUACCUCAAGACAAGGGGCAAAUAAUGGCAGCGGUAAGAAACAAGACCCCACUGCCCUUUGAAGAUUCACAACUGUCCUUUUACCAGGACUUAUCCAAGGCCACACUACAAUGGCGAAAAUCCCUGAACCCUGUCACCACCCGACUGCGGGCAGCAGGAGUGCCCUACAGGUGGGGAACACCACGAUCCCUCCUUGUCUUGUACAAGGGGUCCACGCAACGGCUAACUACGGGACUGAUAUCCCAGCAUUCCUUGCAGCUCUAGACAUGCAAGAGGCAAUGGUAGCACCAACGGACUCAAAUCGUGCUCACGGAUGGGACCCAUCCAGAGUGGUACCAUUUGUGCCAAGAACUGUAGCCGACUGCCCACCUGAUUCCUGACUGGCAGGGACAUCUCCAGCCCAGUCCAAACCUAACGGAGGGACUCACUGAUCCGGCCGCCCUAGGCUGCAAAGUUGUAGAGAUGUAAAGUUCUGCUUGUUCUUGCGGCAGAAUCACCCAUUAGAGGACACAAUUUUCAGCCUGGGCCCACUGGGCAUAGAGACACCAGGCUCACGAUACUACACCCAAACACUCACGAAGCUGCGCCAUCUAUGGCCCUAGUCCAGUUACAUCUAGCCACACAUGACCAAUCAUUGAAGCGCACACCCACACUCCCCCCUCCCGCUACCCCCUUGGUUAGGGGCAAAGCCUCUCUUGAGAGGUCAACCAUGCACAAAGGCAAUCAUCCCCCCCACCCUGGGGAGGAGGGCAAAGCUUACACCACCGACACUCGAGUGCAGAUAUCGCUUGCUCUAACUAAGAUAGACAUGUUAUUAAACCUCUUGUGAUCAUAACCCAUGCUAAUGUAACAUGUUUUUGCUAACAUCCUGUUCUGAGCGACAUUAUUUUAACAUUAUAAAAUGUGCUGAUAAGUUCAUUGUUCCAAUUGUUAAGUCUGAAAAAUAUGCUCGGGGAAUGCUAUUGGGGCACCACGAGCUUGCUUGUUAUCUACUCAAAGCACGAUAAAAAUAAAGAAUUUAAAAAAAAAAUUUAAAAAAAAUUGAGGUGUGCAUUAUAUUCGAUGGCGCAUUAGAUUUGAGUAAAUACGGUAAUCACUUAAUUUUUAUCUUAUUUAUUUUUAUAUUGGGGAAUAGGACGAUAAUGUCCCCUAUGUUCUUUAUCUAUCUGUACUGACCAACUGGUGGCAAACUAUUCUGUUUUGAGGCUGCAAAUUGUAACUAAACAAUGAAAAUCGCUUUCCUCUGGUAAACAGUGAUGCAAAAUAUGUGAUGUCAAAAAUUCAUCAUUUCUGCUUGCUUUCAUGUGGCUUUAGGUUUUUAUUUGUUUGUCUUGCCUUCUUUGUAGUCGAUACCAAGAUAGAUCCCCAGACUAAACUUGAUGCAAUAUGCAGGCAUGCCUUGCUCACUGGAGACAACCGCCAUAAAUCAAAUAAAGCAUUUUUCAUUUGCUAGUGCAUAUAAUACCCAUACCAUGUUAACAGUAUUGUACAUUAUAUGUACAACGUGGACGCAAUAGUGCAAAACCAAGAAAGAUGUUUUUCAAAUAAAAAAUACUACCCCCUUAUGUAUCGCUAACCUAAAAGUAGUUGAGAUUUAUAAUCUGAAAAUGAUUGAAAAGCGCUGUAUUAGUAAAGCACUGUAAACCACCAGAUAAUUAAUUUCUGUAAUUUUAUUUCCUAUUCAAUAUCAAAUUAUGGAUUUCCGUUUUUUUUUUAUUUUAUUUUAUUUAUUUUUGUUUCCUCAUCUAGUGUCAAGACACUGGAAUCAAAACAAUCAAUAUGCUGGACGAGCAAGGCGGUGAGUUUGAAUUAAAUAGACAUUUUAUUAGAAUGACUGACUGCAGUAGAAAAAACGGAAUGUUUCUGAAAAUUAUGGUUAAAAACUUGUUGCAUUUUAAGUAAUACAAACAAGUUUGCGUUGCAUAAAAAGGGCACGUCUCCAAACCAUCUGGUUGUGCCAGGAAUAUUCUUGACCUGUGGCACAGCGCUUAGUCCAAAAACAAGUUGUUUAAUGCCCGUGCCUAUCUUUUUUUCCACCUACUUUCUAUUUCUUUUCAUAAAUCCUUAAAACACCAUUCCAAUCGUCCAGAAACCUAUCCUACUUCCUGAGCCUGUAAGAUGAUUUAAAGAGGCACUUAAGUGCAAUAUUUAGGUUGGGUACACUUCAGUAUGCUUGGUGAGUUUAAUUUGUAAUGAAUUUUUUAUUUUUAUUUUUUCUGUUAAUGUUCUUGUGUUUCUGCUUCACCUUAACCUGUAGAGUUUCUCUUCUUGCUCCAAUAGUCUAGCUGUUCGUGAUUAAAGUAAGCAUUGUUUUUGUUUUUUUUUCACCUCAUCUCUAUAUAGAACAACUAAAUCGGGUCGAGGAAGGGUUGGACCAGAUCAACGAGGACAUGCGAGAAGCAGAGAAAAACCUAACUGAACUCAAUAAGUGUUGUGGUCUCUGUGUCUGCCCGGGAAAGAGGUGAGACACAAUACCCUUUAUAGUGCAGUUUUAUCUGCCUGUCAUCUACACAGUCACCGACAAAUAAGAUCUUCAUUAUAUGGUGUGUGUGUUUUUUAUUUAUUUUUUAUUUUUCCCUUCAGAUUAGAGGCAGUGCUUUACAACUGGGAUUUCAUCACCUGGAGGGAAAAAACAGGCAGGCAAUCUCCCAAACUUUUCAAGAACCUCCCCCAAUUAACUUUUGGCCUUAUAAAUUGCUUCCUACCCAAGACAUCCCCAGUUCUUUGCCUGCCUCCGGCAGAGGAGGGUGUCAGGUUCAGGUUUUCUCCCUAGAAGUAUGGUGAGAGGGCUCUGGAGGCUCUACUUCUUUUAAAUAAAUUUUUCAGAGAUCAGCCAGGGAUAACACACCAGACGGCUGUUUCUCCCCGGGUUGUGUUAUGUCCGUCUAUACCGAGCCAGGUGCCGGGCAGACGAUGGUGCGCAUUUGGGCACUAGCUGGGAAGUCCUGGCGGUGGAACACUCAUACAGGUUACGUUUAUUUCCACCGUGGAAUCGCAAAAUUCAGGACAUGCGUAAUGCGAUUUUAAAAUUCAGGCGCCAAUAUAUUAUUUUUUUUCUCUCCGGGGUCCAGAUAUUGGUUUCCAGGACUUAGAGAGGUUGUUUACCCAGCAGCAACUAACUUGCAAGGUGCACUCAGAAUCUGUUGCAAGUGUGUUCUCACCAACCUCCAACACACUCUGAGGAAAUUUUAAGGUAAGUCUUUUUGCUUUCUUAAAUGACUCUGGCCUGAAUAAGUUAAUUAUCUGUGCUGCAAGAUGGAUAAGCUAAAAAAGCGCAAAUGUUUUUAGCUUCUCAUCACUUAAAGAUUACUAAAAUCUUAAAACAAAUAGUGCUUUGAAAGGGUAAGCACUUAGAUUGGGCCCAAAAUAAAUUAUUCUUUGAGUAAAGGGUAUUAGCAUAUACUUUUACAUAAUUCUAUUGUGAAAAUGUAAGUUUCCUUUCUGGCUCAAAAUAGCUGUGAUAACAGUGAUUAGUUAAUAUGGGUUUCAAUAAUCACUAAUUGCUGCAACAGGGUCAGCAAUUAAAGUGACGUAUUUGGUGGAAAAUAUUCACAACAGCAAGACGCGUAUCACUAUUGGAGGAUUAUCCUCUGUAUGUUAUCCUUAGGAGGCUGAUAUUUAAAAUCUGGUUUUGGUUAAGUUAAUAUACUGUUGUAGCAGAUGGAUUCUUUAAAUGCCAGGAUCCUAGCCGCAGUGUUUAUUUUCUUAAAACAUGCAGUAGGCUUUUAGCAAUUACUGUAGACAAAGCUCUGUUGCAAUUAGCAUUCUCGCCACCUCAACUAGUUUCACCUAAUAUCCGUUUCCAAAAAGGCAGUCUGUUUUUCAGCGGGGGCAGAACUUUUCCUGUGCUUCACUCCAUGUUGGCACAUUUUAUGUUUUAUCUUAAAAUUCCAAGUCCUAUGUUGUCAGAUAGGUUUGAGCUAACUGUUGGAAUGGAAAUUUAUUUUUUUCAAAUUCUUUAUUUUAUCGUGCAUGGAUUAUACAGGUUACAUUUACGCCAGCAAUGCUACAACAGCGUAUGCCAGAGUUUCCAUAAACAUAUGAAGAUAGUUGGCAUGAAUGAACAAUGCACAUUUUUAAUUUUUGAGUAGACAGUGGUGUGAUACAAGCCCUAGCUACGAUUAUGUGAGAGGCUAUGUGGGCCUAUCUAUUGCUUAUGUCAGUAGAUGUAUAGCAGUCGUCUGGUGGAUGAAUGGUGAGUAAAUAGUUAACUGACUAGGCAUGUUAUGCAGUCUGAGUGAGCUAUACAAAUCAACCUACGCUUCCUUUAUGGCUUAACCCCUAGGACAGGGUUGUAGUUAGAUAAGUAUAAGGUGUAGUUUACAUGCUUACUGUGAGUAGUUAAUGCCCCUAGGUGCAGUAUGGUGAAAUAUUGUGUACCUGUUAGUGAAACAGAUGCUUCAAAGAUAAUCGUGAACUCCCUAACUCAAGCUUUUUUCAGAGGAGUAGAGUGUAAUUCAGGUCUAGAAUAAGAAAGGGGUGCGUACUGAUAUUUUGCUAAUGAAGCCCAACAGGAUCCCCUGCAGCCACCACCCCACAAUCCCCAUUCACCCGAUGCCUCGUUUCGUCAGAGCAAAGUCCCCGUUUGUGUUGGAGCAUGCUGCGUUUUGAGUUCCAGUUAAGAGGCAAUGCUUUUCGGUGGCCAGGAGCAAGAUUCUCCUUGACUUGUUGAGUGUGAUGCAGGGCUGAGGUUUGCCCUUUGGCGGGUUUCGCUUCCGUGCUGCUGCUGGUUUCGCUGGGCUCUGCGGUUUGCGCGUCGUCCACGUUAAAGCCUUCACCGUGGGUGCAUGUUGCCGUGCUUUGAGCUUGUGGGAGGCAACUUGUUUGUUGUGCCGCCGGGAUGAAGCCUCUCCCUCUGGUGCUGUUGCUGAUCGCGGUGGGUGACUCCGAGGUAAGCUUUUACCCUUUGGCAAACUGCCAGGGUGGGUAGUUGGGCCCCUCGACGGGGCACGUUUCCCGCCCUGCCGCCAUGUUGGGGCUCGCUGGGUAGUUGCCGCUGCGAUCUUCUGUUUCAUGACUGGGGUCGGCUUGUGCAGUGUGCAGUCACCGGGCUGGCUCCAGACAGGUUGGUAUAUCUUAUUCUCCAGCUUGCGCCAGAAAUUGUCAAAUAUCCUGUCCAGCCUGGCCAAGAUGUCAGGGUUGUCCUCCGUGUUAUUGGGGGUCCGCUCUGCACCCGCCAUUUUGGCUGUGUCGUUGCAGGUUGUGGUAGCCGCUGUGGCCCUGUCUCUAUCUCCCGCCAUGUCUGAGCAGCCUCUCAGGGGUGGACCGGGGUAACCCCCACCGGUCCAAGGGGGGAGGUAACGGGGUUCUCGUGCCAUGUUGUGUGCCUUUGAGCUGCUCCGGGCCGGUGGAUCGGCCGCUUCCCCCGUCCAGUGCGUCUCAGGCCGCAUGAUUUGGGCAGUGUAGCAGAUGAGCUCCUUGCAGAUUAUCACCACCCACAGUGGGUCUCACUAGGGUCGGGAGUUAUAUACUUCGCUUAGAUUGUUCCCACUUAGGCAGAAUAUGGGUGAUUUCUUCGGUUCAAGCUUGCCUAGGAGAGGAGCUCCUGCAAAACACGUCUCUCCUCCAUGGCAGUCAGGCCCCGCCCCCGGAAUGGAAAUUUUAAAGAAAAUGCUUCCUAAUGGAUUCCUGCAGAGUCUGCAUCAAACAGGUUUUGAAAUGCAGUUGCAGCUAUUCUGUCUGCUCUAGCCUCUGCUUCCCAAAUCCAGCUAAGGAAAGCCUCUAUCAGGGAGGGCUGUUGGUUGGAAUUGCAAUUUUAAAGAAUUACCUCUACUAUUGAUGCCUGCAGAGUCUGCAUCAAACAGGUUUUGAAAUGCAGUUUGCAGAUAUUCUUUCUGCUCUAGCCUCUGCUUCCCAAUUAAGGCUAAGGAAUGCCUGGAUCAUGGGUAUUGUCUUAUGCAGACUGUAUAUCUAUGUAAUCAGUCUCGCUUCCGCCAAUAAAGAUGGUAACCUGUAUGAACUAGUCUCGAUGGAAAAUUAUUUCUUCCUCAUGUUACUGGGCUUGAAGCAAGUUCUAGUACAGCUGCAAGCCUAUUGAUCAAGGUGUAGUUCCACCAGGUUCAAUUUGUUCCAUGCACUGCAAUAGAUAUAGUAUGACAGGGAUGGUUUACUGCCUAGGUUUGUCUGCAGUCUUCUUUUAAGAAAAAGCUUAGGGCAAUUGCCACUUCAGAUUCUCUCACUAGGCAAAAUGUUGCCAUCCAUAAAUUUGUUGAAUCUCUACAAUACUGCUUUCUCAGGGGCACCUAAUUCAUUUUUGUUUUGAAUAUUUUUAUUUUAAGCACAUUAGGAAUUUAGGCAUCCAAACUGAUUUAUAAUAAGGCAAAUGAUUGCCCACGCAGGGGCUGCAACAUUGAUCUAACACAGUAUUCCUUUGGUUGCCUGCGCAGAGGCGGAUUUGUUUUAAAUGUUUCAUUUGUAUUUGUUGUUGCAAGUACAAGCAGGUAGUCUUUCUUGUUUCAUGGAAAGCUUAUGGUUGCCUGCGCAGAGGCGUUUCAGAUAAAACGUGCAGGUACAUUAGGAACUAGGAUUUGCAACAGAUACUUGCUCUACUAAUCCACAUGACUUCGUUCAGGUUGUGGAUUUAGACUAUUUUUCCAUUUGUUUUGUUGUUUGUCAUCUAGCUGUGUGUUGCUAAGGGUAGACAGGUAAACGGAGUCGUUACCAGAGAGGCAUGGUGGUGAUGGCGUGAAGGUCUAAGGCUAGUCUUGGGGCGUGAUUUCCCAUUUCCCUUGGGGGCUUUGGGUAUUCAGCUUGUGUGUCUGUGGAUGGCGCGUUGUUUGUGUUUUGUCUAUGUGCUUGGGGCGUGAACCGUGCCCCAGGUGGUGAUUGUCGUCAUUGUUUUAGGUUGCCCGGGCGGUCGUUACGAUGCCUGAGGCCUUUUGUGGCUGCGUUUUUUAUGUUCUGUGUUGGUGGUCUAGGGAGGCAGUUGUUGUCCAACCUAUGUCUCUGAUGGCUGCGGAACCCGUGUAUGUAUGUGUAUGUGUGGCUAUGCUCCUUGUGGGCCGUGCCUUGGAUUGCUGCCCUCUGGUGCUUAUUGUCGCCUGCAAUUGCGUUUGGGUUGCGUGUGGGGGUAUAUGGCUUGAGUGGGCUGGUCGUAGGGUGCAGUGGUGUCCCCUCCUCUGUGGUAGUGUGUGGUCAUGGAGUCAGGUCUUCAUGCGGUGGUGGGGCGUGGGUCUGAGUCUCGGAUUAGGCUGGUCCGUGGGUAUUUGCCUUUUGCAUUGGGGGCUGUGGCUCUACGUGGUCCAGUCCGCAGUGUGUUUCUAGUUGCCUCCCGUCAGUGAGUGAGUGGUGUGAGGUCGGCACCCGCUAGGGGGGGUGAGGGGGGAGGUGUGUGGUUGAGGGUAACCCGCCUUCAGGUCGCCCCAGGUGCAGGCCCCUGGGUGUCCCGUGGUUGCGUAUCCUAGGUUUCAAGGUGGGUUCAGGUAUUGUAGGAAUUCAUCUGUAGCGAUGUGUCUUAUCCAGUGGAACCAUCUAGUAAUGUGCUUUUCUUUCGCCGCUGCCGUAGUAGCCUUCAGGUCCUCAAAUUUUCUUAUGUCCUCCACCUCCUCCACCCAGUGUCUGAGUGGGGGGCACGUGAUUGUUUCCAGUAUAUAGGGAUAGUCGUUUUCGCCGCAUUGAGCAGGCGUGGCACCACUGAUUUUUUUUUUAUUUAUUUUUUUUAUAUGUCGGAGUGGGCAUUGUCGUGUGGUGUAGUAGGAAGAAGGCUGGUGACAUGGGUGGGGUGUCAUCUGUCACUGUAUGGAUGACUUGACGUAUCGCUUCCCAGAACGGAUGGAUGAGGGUGCAACCCCACCAGAUGUGGAGGAAUGUUCCGUCCUCCUCUCCGCAUCGCCAGCACGUGGCCGGUAUGGAGUUGUGGUGGGGGUGAUAUACCACCUGGUGAGGAUUUUGUAUGAGUUUUCCUGAUGUCUAGCUGAGCUCGGGGUCUUUUGAACAUGCAAGAUGAUUUUGUCCCAGUCCGCGUCGUUGCGUUCUUCUUCUAGAUCCUCUUCCCAUCUUCUGAUGCAUGGGGGGGGGCCAAUAGAUAUCUGUUCGUUACUAGGAAUUUGUAUAUCAAGGAGAUUGCUCUCAGUGGGGCUUUGUCCUGUCUGCACAGGAUCUCAAACUCUGUGCAAUCUCUUGUCCGGUAGGGGCGUUGGGGGAUGGAGUGUGCGUAGUGGGACAUUUGUUCCCUCGCCAGCUUGUGAGCAAAUGUGUGUCUCUGGUCCGGGAAGAUGGCCUCUAUCGGCCUGAUUGUGAAUGGGGGUGAAAUGAUUUCCACCAUUCUGAGAGUCGUGUUGCCGGUUACUGGGCGCGUGUUAGGGCCCAUGCCGCCCGCCGGGAAGUCCGCGUUGCCUUUUAAGGGAAGUAGCGGGCCGGGGUUGGUCGUAAGAUAAUGUUUGGGGCCGGUCUGGUACCAGAUGCGUAGGGUGGCUUUCACGAAUGGGUUGGUGUGCGAUAGUUGUUUGGUGGCUUCUUUCAUGAUCCAUGGGAGGGUCGUGAGGUCGCAUUUGGUGGCGUCUGCCUCCAGGUGUACCCAGGGUUUGUCCCUGGUCUUUACUGACCAGUUGAUUAUUCUAGUGAGGUGUGUUGCUAGGUGGUAUUUCCGCAGGUCUGGGAGAGCCAGGCCCCCUUUAAGUUUGGGGAGGGUUAGCUGAGUGUGGGCGAUUCGGGGGGGCUUCCCUUUCCAAAUGAAAUUACGGAUGAUGGCUUGGGCGGUGGUGAAGAAUGACUUUGGCGCCUCUAUGGGCACCGUUUGGAAGAUAAAGAGGAACCUGGGUAGCAGGGUCAUUUUUACCGCGUUUAUACGUCCCAGCCAAGAGAUGUAUGUUGUACUCCAUGCUUUGAGUUCGGCCUGUGCUGUUCGCAGAAGCGGUAGGUAAUUGUGAGUGUAGAGGUCCGUCGUGUCUUGCGUGAGCCAUAUCCCCAGGUAUCUCAUCUUGGUCGUGCACCAUCGGUAUGGGAAGCGUUGCCGAAGUUCGAGUUGUUGCGGGUAUCGGAUUGUUAGGCCUAGAAUUUCCGAUUUGGUGUCGUUGAUGUGCAUGUUGGAUAUCCGGCCAUAGGUCUCAAAUUCCUUUUUGAUCGCCAGUAGUGAUCUGGUGGGUUCUUGCCUAAUUCAUUUUUGUACACCAGCCGUAAAGGUUAGGGUGUUUCUACAGUAUACAUGUGGAUGCUAAUCAAUCUUCGGAUAAAGAAUUCCCUUUUCAAAAAGUGUGCAGUUCUGGUGUAUGUCAAGGAACAGUUCAGGUGUAACUAUUUUGACAAGGGUUUUUGACUCUCAGAGAAUGGUAAUUCCCUGAAGAAAAAAUUUGUGGUUAUCUCUAUCCUUAUCACCUGAAAUCUCUCUUCUACUUCAGUAGACAAGAUACUAGGGAAAUAAUAUUGGUUCCCGUCUUGUAAGAACCUGCUUGGUCUCUUCAGCUUCUUUAGACAUAGCACUGUUUACAGGUCCUUCAGUGGCCAGAUACAGUUGCUAAUAAGAUUUUGCAGUAAAAUCAUAUUCUUCGGUCAUUCCUUUCUGAACCAGGCAGAAAUGAAGGUUGCCAGACGGUUCUUAAUUUUUGUUCUAGUUCUCAAAUCGAUCGUUCAGAAUUUUACGACUGAUGCUUCAGGUCUCAGCUAGGUUCUCAUAGGGUUGAAGGGAAAUUAGCUGAGGCCCGAAGGCUAUCUGGCUAGCUCUCUUUGCCUUUCAAAUAAAGACCAGGUAUUAUCUUAUCCAGAUCAGGUCAGAUAGUUCUACAUCGGUAGCAAUUAUGUACAAACAAGGUCAUCUUGUUUGAAAAAUCUUGUUCCAGGAAAUACUUGGGUUAGUUUUUCUUAGGUCUGUUCACUUAUGCAUAGAACUUUUAAUAUUCCUCUGUCUAGCUGUAGCAUUGAGUAGUCAACAUUUAAUACAAAGCAGAUUGGUUCAUACUCCCUGAUCUUCACCCAAACGAUAGGAAGAAUUUGAUUAUCCGGUUAUGGAACUGGGACUUCUAGAUCAAACAGAUAGCAUGAAGUAUUUCAUUGGACAAGCUUGGACAGACCAGUAAGCUUUGGUUUCCUUUUCUUUCUUGGGAAUUCCAGUCUAACCUAUAGUUUCCUCCUGGUUCCCUAUUCCCCAAGAUCCUUUAGGAUGGAAAAGGUGAGAAUGAUAGUCUUCCUCCCUUGGUGGCAAGUAGCUGUUUCACCGUUCAUCAAAAAUUUUCCUGAGGAAUCUUUGGGGAUCUUACCUGUAAAUAGGCAUCCUGGAAUUCCCAAGGGUACCGCUUCUCAAAUUUGUUGUAAUUCAAGCUGACGACCUGGUUUAUUUAUACCAGAUACUGAAGGAUAAUGUUUUGUCUCGGGAAAUUAUUGAUAAUUUCUUUUACUAUAAAUGGAUCUUGUUCCAAGAUUUAUUCCAAGUAUGGAAGGUGUUUUUUUUUUUAAUUUUUUUUUUAAAGAUAUUGCUUAAUAGAAAAGCAGGCAUCCGCUUCCAAGUUUUAACUUUUUUUUUUUUCUUCGGAUGGCUUUGCAGACAGGGGCGGACUGAGAGCCUUUGGGGCCCCCGGGCAAAAUUAGAUCCCAGGCCCUUUGAAGGCCAAAUAUAUGUGCAUUAAAUAAAUGUUAAAUAUAAUUCAUAAUACGGCAUUCCUUUGGAUGUGUGUAUUGUGAAGACCUGUGUAUCAAUGCAUGUUUGUAUUUGAGUCUGUGUGAAUGCACUUGUGCAUGUCUGGAUGACUACAUGUGCUUUUUUGUAUACAGUGUCUGUGUGAAUGCAUAUGUGACAGGUGACAGAGUGUGUGAGGGAGAAGGUGACAGGUGGAAGAGUGUGGGAGGUUGUGACAGGUGGCAGAGUGAGGGGGUACCUGGUGGCAGAGUGAGGGAGGGAGGGGUUGAGUGGUGGCAGAGUGAGGGGGAGACACAGUGAGUGGGGGUGACUGGUGACAGAGUGAGGGAGUGGGUGACUAGUGAGGGAGUGGGUGACUAGUGACAGAGUGAGGGAAUGGGUGACUAGUGGCAGAGUGAGGGAGGGAAGAGAUGACUAGUGGCAAAGUGAGGGAGGGAAGGUGACUAGUGACAGAGUGAGGGGAUGACUGGUGACAGAGUGAGGGGGGUGACUGUCACUAGUCACCCCAUCCCUCUCUCUGUCACUAGUCACUCCCUCCCUAACUCUGUCACUGUGUCACCCGCUCCCUCACUCUGUCACUGUGUCACCCCAUCCCUCUCUCUGUCACUAGUCACCCCAUCCCUCUCUCUGUCACUAGUCACCCAUCCCUCUAACUCUGUCACUGUGAAGGAAGGAAGGGGUGACUGGUGACAGAGUGAGGGAAGGGAUGACUAGUGGCAGAGUGAGGGAAGGAAGGGAUGACUGGUGACAGAGUGAGAGAGGGGGUGACUAGUGACAGAGUGAGAGAGGGGGUGACUAGUGACAGAGUGAGAGGAGAGGGGGUGACUAGUGACAGAGUGAGAGGAGAGGGGGUGACUAGUGACAGAGUGAGAGGAGAGGGGGUGACUGUCACUAGUCACCCCAUCCCUCUCUCUGUCACUAGUCACUCCCUCCCUAACUCUGUCACUAGUCACUCCCUCCCUAACUCUGUCACUAAGGACAGAGGGGGUGAUUAGUGACAGAGUGAGGGAGCGGGUGACACGGUGACAGUUAGGAGGGAGUGACUAGUGACCGAGAGAGGGAUGGGGUGACUAGUGACAGUCACUCCCUCCCUCCCUCACUCUGUCACUAGUCACUCCCUCUCUCACUCUGUCACUAGAGUGAGGGGGUGACUAGUGACAGAGUGAGGGAAGGAAGGGGUGACAGAGUGAGGGAGGUGGUGACUGUCACUAGUCACCACCUCCCUCACUCGUCACCACCUCCCUCUGUCACUACUCCCUCCCUCCCUCCCUCUGUCACUACUCCCUCCCUCCCUCUGUCACUACUCCCUCCCUCCCUCUGUCACUACUCCCUCCCUCCCUCUGUCACUACUCCCUCCCUCCCUCUGUCACUACUCCCUCCCUCCUUCUGUCACUACUCCCUCCCUCACUGUCACCAGUCACCCCCUCCCUCACUCUGUCACCAGUCACCCCCUCCCUCACUCUGUCACCAGUCACCCCCUCCCUCACUCUGUCACCAGUCAUCCCCUCCCUCACUCUGUCACCAGUCAUCCCCUCCCUCACUCUGUCACCAGUCAUCCCCUCCCUCACUCUGUCACCUGUCACACCCUCACUCUAGUGACAGAGUGAGGGAGGGGGUGACUAGUGACAUAGUGAGAGAGAGGGUGACUAGUGACACAGUGAGAGAGAGGGUGACUAGUGACACAGUGACAGAGUGAAGGAGGUGGUGACUGUCACUAGUCACCCCCUUCCCUCCCUCACUCUGUCACUAGUCACCCCUCCCUCACUCUGUCACUAGUCACACCUUUCCUCACUAGUCACACCCUCCCUCUCUCUGUCACUAGUCACCCCCUCCCUCACUCUGUCACUAGAGUGAGGGGGUGACUAGUGACAGAGUGAGGGGGUGACAGAGGGAAGGAAGGGGUGACUGGUGACAGAGUGAGGGAGGGAGUGGGUGACCAGUGACAGAAUGAGGGAGGUGGUGACUGUCACUAGUCACCACCUCCCUCACUCUGUCCCUAGUCACCCCUCCCUCUGCCACUAGUCACCCUCUCCCUCACUCUGUCACUAGAGUGAGUGGGUGACUAGUGACAGAGGGAGGGGAUGACCAGUGACAAAGGGAGGGGGUGACUAGUGACAGAGUGAGGGAGGGGGUGACUAGUGACAAAGUGAGGGAGGGAAGGGGUGACAGAGUGAGUGAGGGAAGGGGUGAAAGUGAGUGAGGUAAGGGGCAACUAGUGACACAGUGGGGGGGUGACUAUUGACAGUGAGGGGAGUGACUAUUGACAGUGGGGAGGUGACUAGUGACACAGUGAGGAGGGGUGACUAGUGACACAGUGAGGAGGGGUGACUAGUGACAGUGGGGGGGUGACUAGUGACCAUGAGGUGAGACUAUGAGGGGAGGGUAGAGACUAGUGACAAUGAGGGGGUGAGACUAGUGACAGUGAGGUGAGACUAGUGACAGUGAGGUAAGAGACUAAGUGACAGUGAGGGGGGUGAGACUAGUGACAGUGAGGAGGCGACUGGUGACAGUGAGGGGGUGACUGGUGACAGUGAGGGUGACUGGUGACAGUGAGGGGUGACUGGGCGAGUGAGGGAGGUGACUGGUGACAGUGAGGGUGACUGGUGACAGUGGUGGCUGGUGACAGUGAGGGGGGAGGUGACUGUAGUGACAGUGAGGGGGGUGACUGAGGUGACAGUGAGGGGGUGACGCUGGUGACAGUGAGGGGUGACUGGUGACAGUGAGGGGUGACUGUGGUGACACAGUGAGGGGGUGACAUUUGACACAGUGAGGUGACUGGUGACACAGUGGGGGUGGGUGACUGGUGACACAGGGGGUGACUGGUGACACAGGGGGGGGUGACUGGUGACAGUGAGGGGGGGGAGGGGGUGAUUGGUGCCUACCUGCAUCUCUGCUUCCUCUCCCAGGCUGCAGCUCCUUCCCCUCCUGGCUCUGUGUGAAAGGAGUAAACAGGAAGUGAGGUCACUUCCUGGCCCGCCUCUCCCAUCACACAGAGCCGCAUGGGAGAAGAAGCCGGAGACCUGGCAGAGAGGAGGUGAAGCUGCCAGGUCUCAUGGGGGGGGAGGUGUGACUAGCAGAGCGGUAGGUUGUGGGGGCCCCGCGCUGCAUCAGGGGCCCCACAACCUAUCGAUUAAAUAGUUUUAUUAUUUUUUGCCGUUCCAGUUGGAGAGAUCUCUGAUCUCUCCAGCUGGAACAAGGCUGUGCUGCCGGGCCCCUGAUUGCCUCGGGCCCUCGGUCCAUGACUGAUAUGCCUGAGUGGUCAGUCCGCCCCUGUUUGCAGAUGGUUUAAAACCAGAGAUCCUCAAGGUCAAAUUUCGGUUAUCAGUUGAUUUUCAGAGGUUUGUCUCCAAAUCACCAGUAUCUGCUAGGCUCUCUCGUGGUUAGUUCCUAUCUGCAGUGGAUCUUCUUUUGGGGUUUUUUACUGUGCUGAUUUGAGUCUUCACUCUAGGUCUUUGGGGGUAAUCGCCCAAACUUUUUUGGGGAAGAACUUCAAGUUCUUCAAGUUUCCUUUUUCAGCAGGAGAAAGUGGAGUUAAGUUGGAUUCUUUAAUUCUUCUCAAUCUUUCAUCUAACAUUAUUUUUCUAACUUUUCCCAACAACGUUCUAGGGUCUUGGAAUUCUAAUUCCACUGCCUGGGCAUUUAGUUCUCGUCUACGUUACCUUAAAGGUCUGCAUUCGUUUGGGUUUUUUCUUAUCUAACACCUAUCUCCAUUAAAGCUCCUUCGAUCACAGUAAAGUUCAGAUCGGUUGCCUGAGGGCUUCUGCUAUAUAUUCUCUCUUCACUCAAUUUGGUCUGUUGAUCUUGGAAGAAACAACUUUGGUCGCAGGUCGCAGUGAGAAUUGAGUCUCGCCCUAAGGGAUUGCUUUUGGAUAUCCCAGUUGUAAAGCACGGUCUCUAAUCUCAAGGGAAAAGCAAAAAUUUUUACUUACCGUAAAUUUUUUCCCAGAAGAUUAGAGGCAGUGCUCACUUCCCCCUUACCCCCCCAAAUUUGUUCAUAGUCUGAGUGGUACGGUUAUUCGGCUUUUGUAAUUUCUGGGGAUGUCUUGGGUAGGAAGCAAUUUAUAAGGCCAACGGUUAAUUGGGGGAGGUUCUUGAAAAGUUUGGGAGAUUGCCUGCCUGUUUUUUCCCUCCAGGUGAUGAAAUCCCCGUUGUAAAACACUGUGUCUAAUCUUCUGGAAAAAUAAAUUUACGGUAAGUAAAAAAAUUUUAGUUUUUUUCCUCUCUCCAAAUACUAAAAUGGGCUGUAAAAGCCCUUACCGGUAGACUAAUAGAAUAAAGUAACACUAUAUAUUCUGCUUCUUUCGCUGAACUGAUCUAUGUCAGUAGUUCAAAUGGCAAGGUAACAAUUCAGACAUGUCCUUGCUGUUCCUGAAAUUAUGGCGUGUCUAUUUGUAAGCUUAAUUCAAAAUUGAGAGUUCACCCAUAUUUUGUUUCGUUUCUUCUCUCUGCUGGCUUGCAUGGAGACCUCCCUGGAAGCAGAGAUAUGGCUGGCACAGGUUGGUAUUCGGAUGGUCUAGCAUGGGCGCAGGCUGCCCUGUAAAGUUUGUGUUUUUUGCUGUAGCUCCCAUUCCAAGCAUGGAUAUACCACCUUCUUAUUAGUGCUUUGAGUGUGUCUCUGUAACCACAUUGCAUUUUUUAAUCUUAAUGUGCACCUGGACAUUUUUAUUUUUGGGCAUUUGACCGCUAUUUAUAUCUUCUUACAUUUGCAUUUUAUUUAUAUUUUUACUUUUUAAACAGUUAUCGCCAGAUGCACAUUUUGAGGUCUAAAGAUGCACACUACUUUCCUUUAAUUUGUCUAAUUUACUGAUGGGUAAAAGAUAGACCCUUCACUAUUCGAUAUCUAAACCUUCUCUAAGGUAAAUGACCAACCUAAAACUGAAAAUAAACAAAAAUAUUUUAUGAAGGGGUUGUGGUUGAUACCACAAAAAGAAAGCACAUAUAGAAGGAUGUGGACAUUGUCUGGGUGGUCUAGGACCUGCCAUAAAUGUAUAGGAAUGUCUGCUACCGUUGGUUCAGAGAGCUUUUCAGCCUCACUAACUACAGAUCUCACAUCGUGCUGAAUUACUUACUAGCAAUAUUAAUAAUGGAUUACUACAGAACACUAAUUGUGUUUUGAAAACGACUGGACUGUUGUUCAAUUUCUGCUGCAUAAUGCAAUCAAAACAUUAGACCAGUGCGGUUAUUAAAUUCAGAGCUAAAGUCUACACUUCAAGAAUUCGGUAUUCAAAUAUAUUUCCAUGAGAUGUGGGCUUCUAUCUUCCUAUUUACAGUAAUGUUUUAACUUCUACGUGACUUUUGCAGGCCAAAGAAUUUUGAGACUGGCGAAGUCUACAAAAAGACUUGGGGUGGCAAAGAUGGAGCCUCCGACGAGGUUAUUUCAAAGCAACCAUAUCAAACGAAUUUACAGCAAACCCGCCCAGGACAGAACGGUGGCUACAUUAAGAAGUAUGUCUCCUUUUAUUGGGUUUUAACUGAUACUGUAACAUUAAUCUUCUUCAGAUUUGGUAAUACAAAGUACCAUCAUGGAACAGACCUGGUGCUGUGUAUUUUGGUUAGAUCCUUAUUUUUAAAAGGAUCUAAAAAUCUUAGGGGGAAUAUAAAUAAGUUUACCUUCGAACCGUUGUGUCUUUGUUAAUGGACCGUAUUUAAUUUAGAAAGACCUAUAGAUUACAGGAAGACCUAUGGAUUGUAUAAAAUGGGAAAAGGGAAGAACGUUUAAAUGUCUCUUAUUUAUGAAUUGCCUACAAAGUGACUCGUCUUGCAUUUUAAAGGAAUUGUUUUUUGUGUCGGCAACAGGAAACCAGUAGUUAGAAUUGGCACAUCACAUUUAUCUCUUUACUUGGUCUGCCAGGAUCACAAAUGAUGCUCGUGAAGAUGAAAUGGAAGAAAAUUUGCAUGAGGUGGGCGGCAUACUGGGACAGCUUAAGAACAUGGCUCUAGACAUGGGCAAUGAGCUUGACUCGCAGAACAAACAAAUUGGUAGAAUCAAUGACAAGGUAAGUACUGACAAUAGCAAGAUAUGUGUCUGGAGAAAUGAUGGUUGACCUACUCUUCCCAAGUUUAAAGGGACACUGUAGGCACUAUGACUAUAUCAUAUCACUGAAGUGGUUAUAGUGCCUUAAGUCCCUGGCCCUUACUUGGGUUAUUACUAAGGCAGAGAUUUCAGACUUUGUUCUAGCCAUGCUGAUUCAUACCAGCAGUGGGUGCUGUGAUAGGCUAAAAAAGCAGUCACUGACACUCUGCCAAUCACAGCCACCCGUUGCCACUCAGGCUAAUGCUUUCUCACUAGCUUAAGCAACAUAAAGGGGAUGGGUUGCUGGGAGUCUCAUGGAGGAUUGCAAACCUUUUAAUGCUGAAUGGAAAGAUGGUGCCAGGGAUCUCCAGACACUAGAACAACUUCAAUGAAAUAAUGCAGUGACAGCGCCCAUUUAAUCAUUCUUGUAUAAAGGUUCAAUUCCAGUAAUCAAGCAAAGCAUGAAGAAUAAUCCUCUAAAAAACAACUUUAGUGUUCUCUAACUGCAAAUAUUAGAAUUGUUUCAGUGUAAAAUAAUGCUAUACCAUGCUUGCCCAUAUUCAAAACACUAAACUUGUACAAAAUUAGCCUGUGAUCUUUAUCUCAGUAUUUUUAAAGCCACCGCAAGUUGUGCUGCACUGUACAGUGGGAGGAUUAUGGGGAAUCCGCUGACAGUAGCCCAGUCCUAGAGUCGUAAUGAAAGAGGUGUCGUAGAAUGUCACAACAAAAAAUACAUAUAAGCUGUAUGUCCAACUGAUAAUAAACAAAGAUUGGCACAAUCUGAUUGCUUACUGUCGGAUUAUGCCACUCCUCACACCAAAUCUGCAGCGGCCUCUAGUGGAUAUGGUACCAAAACGGACCCUUUAGUAUGGUUUAUAGAAGGGUGGGAUACAACAAACACUGUUCACAAGCGGGGUGCAAUAGUAUCCUAAAAGUCCAUGACGGUCUCUGAGUUGAGCAGGGUUCACAUUCCAAGUGACCUCUACCACUGACUUUGACUUCACCUGUAAUGUUGUUUCCACACUUGUUUGUGGCUUUCUUAGUUAAAUAUUGGCAUACAUUUUCAUGCCCUGUGUUCUUUUUAGGCGGAGGUAAACAAAGCUCGCAUCGAUCAAGCAAACACCACAGCGAAGAAGCUCAUUGAGUGAAGACUUCAGCUCCUUUUAGCCUUUUUAAACUGUAUGGCAAAAAUGCUUUUCUGUAAUUGUCUGGGGUCUUUAGGGAGGUAAAUUCUCCUUCCCAUCUUAACCGUGGAAGGUGUGUCUCCAUUUUCCUAAAUACAUGAAUACAAAGCAUUAUUGGUCUGAGGUAUGUCUACACGUAGCAUGCUGUACGUGCUCUGCUGCAACUCGUUUACCCAGGGGAGUGUAAUUGUACAAGGUCAACUCUUCCAACAUCCACUGUAUUUAUUUUAAUUUCUCUGUUCUUUAAAGCAAAUCUACAACAUAUAAAGGUGAACUUGACAUGGAGAAUUUUAGCACACAUCGGGAGUUUUUUUCCUAUAGUAGGUGCUUUGAUAUGCAGGUUGUAUCUUUGCGUUAAAUAUACAUUUGUGAUCACUUUAUUUUAUGUAUCCUCUGAAAUCUGUGAACUUGUCGUCUUUGAGAAGUGCCUUUUACCAAAGAAUGUCAGACUUAAUCAUGCUGUGUUUUACAGUGUGUAUACUCUUGAGAGAGCCUUUAUUCCAGAUUUUACUUUCCAUUGCUUGCAGUUUAACAUUGUUAAGCGUUUUGACGUCUUAUAAUGCCAUAACUAAAUGUUAGAAAUUGGUUUCGGAUCAUCAUAACUUUUUAUUGCCUGUCUGAGCCUUUGAAAUCUCUGCCCUUUUGCCUAAUGAUUUGUAAGUUCUAAAAAAGGUUUUAAAGGCCAGCGUUGCUUCUCGCAUUGUGACAGUCCAUCCCUGAACACGUCUGGGCUGGGUUUAAAAGGGAUUCUCCACUAAAACCAAAACUCUUUGAAACUGGAAGGAACGUCAUAGGCAGCUUGUAGCUACAAGACUAAGAACGUGAGUUGAGACAUAAACAAUGUCCCUGUCUCUAGUAACUUUAUCAGGGUUUAUUUGCUAAAUUGAGAAUUCAAAGUUAAUUUUACACGUAAGGUCAAAGUAGCGGAACCGGAAAAACUCUCCAAGUCCAGUAUGCUUUCUGUUGGGCUACUCCAGCUUUAUACUUGAAAUCCACUUUGAAUUCUUACUUUAGUAAAUAAUCCUGUAUAUUAAACAUGCAUUGUCACAGUUAUUUUUUUUUACUAAUUAUGCAUAUGCACAUAUAGUCAUUCUGCUUGGCACCAAUUUAAAAUAACUUGUAUAAAAUAUUUUAUUUUAACUCUGAACACCACCUUCAAUUUGCAAUAUAUUGUCUACUAGUGGUAUUACUUUUUAUACAUCACUGUAACGUCUGAAUAAAGUUCACCAUGUGACUAUAUUGGCAGUUGUUCUGUCCCAAACGUCACAAUUCAACAUAGUUGAGACUCGGAAUGAAUUGUGACCUGAGUUCUGAAUGUUUGAUCUCAUGUACAACCUUGUACCAAUGAGCCCCAAGCAGAAUCAGCACGGGGGUAGGAGUUUCACAGUAAAGUGUAAAAAAAAUCAAACAAUCUCGCAUUUUAGGCUGAAAAUCCAGCUGAUUUUGUACAAUUCUAUCCAAAAUUUGAAAUUCUUGACCGUUCACAACAGGAACACUACCCAGAAAGCAGAAUUAUGUUUGUUUUUUAUCUUAAUGAUAUGAUGUAAAUGUACCAAGUAAUACGGUUUAUUUUACUUUUUGCUAAAACUUCAACUUACCUGAGCACACUAGGAGAGGAGACUGAUUAUAAAACCUAUUUGGCAAUAUGCAUUAUUGAAGUUGCAGUAAAAGAUAGUCAUUACCCAGUAUUCAAGACUAGGCCCCAUCUCGGGAUGUUCAAACAUUAACAGGGUUAUUCGCUAAAGCUAGAAUUCAAAGUGAAUUUCACAUUUACAGGGACACUAGAGUCACUAAAACAUAAACUUAAUGAAGCAGUUGUGGUGUAUAGAUCAUGCCGUGCAGCCUCAUUGCCCAAUUCUGACAUUUAGGAGUUAAAUCACUUUGUUUAUACAGCCCUAGCCACACCCUCCUAUAAGUGCCUUCCUAAACACUUCCUGUAAAGAGUCAUCUAAUGUUUACACUUCCAUAAUUGCAAAAUAUUUCAUGUAGAUAGAAUGUCUUAUCUCUUGCUUAGUUAAUAGCUUGCUAGACCCUGCAAGUGCCUACUUUUAUGUGAUGAAAGUUCAGUUUUUAAGAGCAGGAGAUACAAACUUUCUAAGUUACAUCUGAUUGACAUCUGAACCAUUUUGUUUUCAUGUAGGCUGUCAGUCACAGCCGGGGAGGGGUGGCUAGGGCUGCAUGAACAGAAACACAGUGAUUUAACUCCUAAACAGCUGAUAAUUGAGCAGUGAAACUUAAGAGGCAUGAGCUAUACACUCCAUGUAGACAGCUCAUUAACCCCUUAAGGACCAAACUUCUGGAAUAAAAGGGAAUCAUGACAUGUCACACAUGUCAUGUGUCCUUAAGGGGUUAAAGGACCACUUUAGUGCCAGGAAAACACUUGUUUUCCUGGCACUAUAGUGCCCUGAGUGUGCCCCCACCCUCAGGGUCCCCCUCCCGCCAGGCACCGGGAUGAGGAAGGGGUUAAACUUACCUCUUUCUCCAGCGCCGGUCGGGGAGCUCUCCUCCUCUUCGGCUGAAUGCAUAUAGGUUAACAGAUUUAAAGUUCUUACCAACACAUACAUCCAUUAUUUAUCUUUUUUUUUUACAAGGAUAGACAGAAUUCCUUCCAAGACGCAGCGAUGCUUACUACCUCCAUCCAGCGUUUCAUUUUCUCAUUUGUUGCUGGAUUUAAGAGAGAUUUAUUGCUAUUUCACACAUGGUGGUUACAAAAAACAUUUAAUUUCUUUAGUAAUUCUUUGCAAAGUCUUCUCAGUUCCUCAAAAAAAGAAAGGAAAAUUAAAAUAAAGAGGGUUAGUUUGGUGUGAUGAUUUGCAUGUGUGGACAUUGUCAAAGCAGUUUAGAAACCGACUGAAAAUCUUCGUGUCCAGCACAAAAUGUUUCAUUGUAGUCCGCUUUGUUACAAUUGCUGCUGACGUGACCCAGUCUGAAUGAUAGUUUAGUGACAAUGUGAAUGCCGAUUUGUACAAUAGGAUAUCUUUGAACUAUGAUUGUAACCUCACUUUAAUUAUAUAUCCUAUGACUUAAAUAUGCUCAAACUGUAUUUUCUAUGAAACAUUAUCUCCUAUAUUGGCUGCUCUCUCUUCUCUUGCAUCAAAGGAUCAAGGGAGUUUAGUUAUACAACAUCUGGGGAUCUAACUUUUUUGCCACCCCUGCUGUAAAAAAAAAAAAUGUUCUGGAGAAAACCGACGAUGUACUCUAAUGCACAGCCUGGGAGCUGCUGGCUGUGUACGAAUGUUCUAACAGCUCUGUAUGUAGCAUGGAUGGUGAGUAGGUUGUACUGUCCUCUGGGUACUGCAAUAAAAAAAAUACACUUUUUUUUUUCUUAAUCAAAACUUUACUAGCAGUAGUUUGCCUUGAGCUUUCACUAUUAGUUUACUUAGGAUUUCCUUUUUACACACUAUCACCUUACUAGCUUUUCAGACUUCAAGAAGUUUUUAACAUAACAUGAAGGAGUGCAGGGAUUACCUCUGCCAAUGCAAUUCUUACUGUGCAGAUGUUGAGCAAUAAAGAGAUCUAUUGCCACCCAUCCAGUUUUAUUCCAGGAGACUGUUUUGUUAGCAGUGAACCUUUUAUAGGAGGAGAUGUGAUGGAUUACUAUAAAAGACUGGCCUUUCUAGAAGCACACUGAUGCCAUUGUGUCUUUAUACUUGCCAUGCACAGUGGUGUUAAGUGUUUCUUAAACAACUAAAACUGCCAUUUGCAUUUAAUGCAUUCUACGUCCAUAAGGUGUAGCCAGUGUAUUGGAAAGUGUUUUAUUAUUUUUGUUUUUUGGCUGCAGAUGUUAUAUAUACUUAAUUUUUUUUUUUUAAACUGAUGUCACUCGUAUUGUGUAAAAGCUGAAGGGUUGCAGUUAACACGUCCACAUCAAGGAUUUAUCCUACGGGGAGGAAUGGCACAGGGUAAUAAGAGUAAAGCGAGAACUGCUUGUCUCCUUUACUGUCGUACAACCUAGAACAGAAGUUGUAUGUUAUGGAAUUGCUUAGUGCAAGUAAGUGAUUUAUAGGCACCUGGACAUUGGGGCGAGAUCUAUAUUCCUUCUGUAUAGGGAGUCUAUUUGGAUUUAUCCAGCUGAACACAAUUUGUAAGACUCCUUGAGAGACUAAGUGCAUAAAAGUCCAUUAUAGAUAUUACUUUAAUUUGCACUAAGCAAUUGUCUGAUGGGUUAUUAUUUGUCUCUUUUCAAUGUGUUUUAAUAAAAUGGCUAAAAGUCCAAAUGUGUACUUGCUUUUAUUUAUAUUUUUCAAGUGCAGGGAAUAAAGGUAAAAUAUUAGGGCAGACAAAUAGCUUUUUUGUUUUUUUUUAUUUCAAAUAUGUAAAC